AUGUCGGCUUCAGCGGACAGGGCAGGCUCGAUAACCGCAUCACCGCGCGGGUCAGCCGCGGCCAAGUUGGAAGCUGGGGUCGAUGGGUCGGAAGGGAAUGCAGGAGAUGAAGGGCAUGAAGGGCAUGAAGGGCAUGAAGGGGAUGAUGGGCAGGAGCAAGCAGGAAAAAAAGAGGGUGACGAUGUGGAGGUCAAGGUCAAGGUGGAAGAAGCCGUUGUCGAUGCAGUGGCGGAGGAUGGCGGUAAGGUCCAAGAAGCGGCAGCUCCCCAGCCUCUCUUGAGUCCUCCGCAGACUGUCAUUGAUCGCUGGAACACGGCUUCGGACGCCCAAUGGGAACAAGUGCUGUGCAGGGCUUCUGACCCAGCCUCUGGCCCGCUCAUUCUCGCCGAUUUUGUUCCUUAUCAAACUCUCGAACGUCAAUGGGAGGAUGCCCGUGCUGCUCUUCAUCCCUUCCUCGUCAAUCAUCGGAAGAUGUACAACAUCAGCCAGCUGCCGGGAAUGGACCAGUACAGGUUCAAAUUCCUCGCAGAGGCGAAUCAGAGAGCGGCGAAUCUGUUGAAGAAGGCGGGCGGAGGCGUGGAGAGUGAUCUCAAGGCGAACAUACGGACGUUAAAACAUCGGGUGUCCAAGCCAGCAGCGCAUCAAGAGGGCCGGCGGACGGCUGGAAGAAGCACCCCCAGGCGCACAAAUGAUGAGGACACGUCGUCGGAUGACUCCAGCUAA